GGCAAGAUGGCGACGCGAGGUGAGGGAAGGUGAACAGGAUCUACUGACGAAGGUGACAACGAAGAAGACGAAGGCGACGACGAAAGGAAGUGACAAGAUGGCGGGAAGGACGCUACCUCUCCUGCUGAUUGUGAUGGCGACUUGCUCCUUCACACUGGCAAUCAAAGACGCACCAAGACGCACCACGCAGAAAUCCUCAGAGCAGAAGACAGCGCAGGUUGGCGAGGACGUGAGGCUCUCGUGUCCCAUUGACGGCACGCCCCAGCCCAUCUAUGAGUGGACCAAGGGGGAGGAGGUGAUACCGGAAGAGGGCUGGGAACGCAUGAAGCUGCAGGGCAAGAUACUCAAGAUCCGAGAGGUGACACUCGGCGACCAGGGAGUGUACGUGUGCUCGGCGGUCAACGGAUUUGGCAAGGAGAUCUUCACCAUCACUCUUACUGUUACUGACCCGCUCUCCAGCUCCUCGUCAGCGGCUGGUCCUUUCCCCGGCGGCCUUCCCCCGGAGUUCACGCAGUUGCUCCCUCCAGUGCCGGGCAAGAUCGACAAGCCAGUGGGUCAUAACGUGAAGCUGAAGUGCCAAGUUAGCGGAGAGCCCGAACCUUCCAUCACCUGGUUCAAGGAUGGAAUGGAGCUGCGGGAGGGGCCGCUGGGGGGAGAGUCGCGCCUCACCCGCCACUACCUCCACCUUAUGGACUUGAGGCCGCAGGACGCCGGCACUUACACCUGCGCCGCCGCUAACCCCCUGGGCGCCGCGGCAGCCAACUGGACGCUGCGAGUUAUAGACCAAGCCCGUCCAAGAGAGCCAGAGUUCAACCCUCAGGACCCCGCCAACACCACAGUGCCAGUGGGAAAGUCCGCCACCCUGCAGUGUAGUGGAAACUCCGAGGUAGUGCCCCACAUCAAGUGGCUGCGUCGCCUGGAGGAUGGCUCCCAUGAGGCGGAGCACAUCCCAGACAAUGAGACCCUGAAGUGGAAGGGCCACCGCUAUGUGGUGCUGCAGGCCACCCAGGUGCUCACACCGGGGGAUGGUUCCUUCUACACUAAGUUGGUGAUACCUCAUGUAACAGAACAGAACAGUGGUGUCUAUGUGUGCACUGCCACCAACAACUUUGGGUUGGCUUACAGACAAGCACAGCUAUCUGUUUAUGAUGAGUCUGCAGGCAGCAACACAUUGAUCUUGGUGGUUGGCCUGGUGUGUGUGGUGGCAUUAAUAGCAGUGAUCAUUGUUGUGGUGAUGGUGCGCAAGGUUCAGACCACCAAACCACCACCUCCACCAAGCUCCAAUGAAGGUGCACUGCUACCCCCACAGCCAAUAAACCAGGCCAAGGUGCAGCCACCCCCAUCCCAUCACCCACGUUACGUCCCAGGAAUUCACAACACACAGCAGCAGCAGCAGCAGCAGGCACCACACGGCCACUCAGUGGGUCCUGAGGGGCCUCUGCUCCAGUAUGCUGGUGGAGUGGUGCACCUGCCCCCACAGUCAUCAAUGACAGGAAAUGGUCAAGGAGCUCAGCCUAUUAUUGUGUAUCAAGACCCAGCUACUGCAGCUUCUGUGUACAUUGCACAGCGGCCCCCGACACAAGCGGCCACAGCAAGCAGACCUGAGUAUCAGUACCAGCAUCUGGACGUUAUAUGAUCACGGGGAAAGGUAGUGUAGUGGGUACAGUGUUUGCUGUGAUUGUGAUGGAUGGAUGCCACUGACAAUUUGAACUUGAUGUACUAAUUCAGUGUCAUGUGAACUCUCAGUGUCUAUGAAGUGGAACAGAAAAUUUAUAUGUUUUGAAAAUGCAUAUAUGUAUGUAUGUAUGUAUUAUUAUAUGAAAUUUAGUAUUAGACAUUGACUUUCUCAGCAAGAAUCUGUGAUAAAGAUGAAAAUUACAAACAUGAAUUUUUACGUUUUCACCAUCAGUCCAUAAAGCAGUACAUGUGCCGUGUGUGUGAAGACAUCAUGGAAAUGUGACCGAUGCUGUACAGUGUAAGUAGACAAAAAUCUCUAGUCGAUCAUAAUUCAUUAAGUUAGUGUACUUGAAGGAUGAUUUCUGAAAUGUUUGUUCACAUCUAUAGUUUAUAAUCAAUUUUCAGAAAAAAAGAUGUGCUUUUUAAGAAUUCAAUUUUUAUUUCAUGUUGUAUGAAUUGCAGUGUCAAGAGUUAUCAAGUCCAUAAAUAUUUUUUACAUAUGUAUAGGUAGUUACUUAUUAAGGGAAAUACUGAAGCAAAAUAUAAGAUAACAGAUACUUCAUAGUUCAUUAGAUUAUCUUUAUUGAGGCAUAUGAAGUCUAGUCAUACACAACAUUGUCAAUGGUUUUGAAAUCUCUACACUUGUGUACAGUAAACAAUAGUCAUAGAAUUUACAUGUAUUUACUCAUUCCAUGUUGGAAAGUACCCAUUAUUUUUCUUAUACAGAGAAUUAAAUUCCUUUCUAUGAAGCAAAAUUAAAGAAUGAAUAAUCAAA